GCUCUUUCUUCUAUUUCAAUAAAGGCUAACAAUGGAAAAUGAAUAUAUUGACUUGUAUCAUCAACAACAGCAGAGACAACAUGGAAGAAGGCCUUCCUCGUACGUAUUACCAGAACAAAAGUACCCACCAUUCAAUUAUUAUCAUUAUCAUUACUAUGUGCAUCCAUAUUCAAAUUAUUCACCUAUGCGGAACAAACAAAAAGAUCAACUACCUCUAUUAUCCGAUCAAGAAUGUCGAAUCUCAACUGAACGUUCAAGAACAAGCGAUAAUCAGAAACAGGAAAAUGACAAGCAUAACAGAAUUAAAGUGAACCAUGAUAUUGAUUUAGAAAAAGAAUUUCAAAAUAUCAAUGUUAAUUAUCAUUUAGAAGAUGAUAUGGAACCUAUGAAUGAACAAGAAAUACUUGCUGCUAUUAAUGCCAUUAUAAAUGAAAGAGACUUGGAAAGCUACAAAAAAGAAGAAGAUGACAAUGUCCCCAUUAUAGCUGCUGAACCAAAUGAUAAGAAUUUAAUAACUCAAGAUUAUAAUAUCAUUUCACCAACUGAAACACACAAAGUACCGACAUUAAAAAAAUGGCUAUUUUCUCUUAUGUCUAACAAAGGAACGUCUCUUUGGGGAGUAAAGAAGACGAUAAAGAAAGAAACGGCAAACGACUUUAUUCAGAACUACAAUCCUAUGACAGCAAAUAGUCAUAUAGCACCUACCCCUGUUCUGUCACCAGACUCAUUCAACACUACCACUACCACUACCACUAACACUAACACUAACACUACACCUUCACCUAUUAAUCAUUUUUCCCUCCAACAACAACACCAACAGUCACCGCAAGUUAUGCAUUCAAAUGACGUCUGUAAUAGAGGGAGUCCUUAUUGGUACUUUCGAUACCAUUGUUUAUCAAACUGGCUACCAUUUGACCCUAUAAAUCAACAAAAAAUACAACAUCAUUUGUUACAUUGUCCCUAUGACAUACUAAUAAUUAUAGACUCACACUUUAAAGGAGGCCAUAUACCCAUUUUUGCUUUACCAUGUCAACAGAUAGCUUAUUGUCCAAUUGAUUUCACUUUAACUCAGUUUAUUACUUUAGAGCUUCAUCUUUUUAAUCUUUGACACAAACAAAUCAUUGUAUACAUAGCUUUUUACCUUGUCCAAAAUAUGUAUAAUAGCUCCA